CAGCACUUGGUGUUUGACGUUCACACAUCCGGCGACAGCUGUAACUCCGACAGCGGGGAUUGAUGCUGGAACACAGGCCUGGACGCUCAUUCCCCACAGCCUUUUCCCUUUUGCCUAACCUUUUAAAGAGUGCUUGCUUGAUGUGAUCAAAAAAAAGAGAUAGCUAAGCUUGAACUUUUACAGUAAAUGUAGUUGUUCCACCCCCCCUCCCCCUUUGGUGAUUGUUGGGUUUAAACCCACUACGAGGUCAGUUUUCACGUGAUGUUCCUGCUCAGGGUGCAAUGAGGGUUAAAUAACCUGGCGCUGAUGUCCUUGCUCAAUUUUGAAUGAUAGUGUCUAAAAAGGGUAUGUCCCUUAAGGAGAGAGGUGCCAAUGUCCAACCGGCCUAAUUACAAUACAGGGGGGUCACUGCGACGUUCACAGAGGAACACUGCCGGGGCCCAGCCACAAGACGAAGCAACAGGAGGAAGGUCACAGUCGGAAGAGAGGAAACAGAAGCCAAUUCCAAGUAGGCCAACUACUAAAGCAACAAAACUGCAGUCAGACACGACCUCUGGACAGUCCAGAGGGCGUGUGUCACGAAGGAACUCCAGGAGCUGUAGCUCUUCAUCUGUUGCUUCUGUGACACAGCAAGAAGAUAGAAUUAGGUCAGAACGACCCAAAACUGGACAAACUAAAAGGGACGGCUCCAAAAGCAGUUUGAGAGGUGUGAAACGUGGUCCAAGCCCUGAUUACAGCAGUUCAAACUCUGCCUGCUCGGCAAAAAGGGCCAAAGCACUUCAACCCUCGGAGAAUCCUACUGAAACACAAAAACACAAGGUGCAAGCGAAGUCCCCAAAGAAAAGGAAGUCUGUGCAAGAUCAGCAGAUAAGAACUUCCCACGCAGCCUCCACGAGUAAGACCCAGAGUAGAAAACAGACUGGGCCUACUGGUGCCUCCCCUUUUCAAAAAAGGAAAAAGAUUGAAACUACAACUUCUGUAAACAGUGGUUCUGUGGCUGACUCGAUCAGUGUUGAAGAGAGGUCUGCUAAACCAACCAAGCUGGCUUCAAAAUCGGUGACCUCAGCCAAAGCUGGGUGUAGCACUGUCACUGAUUCUUCCUCCUCUUCUGCCUCUACAUCAUCCUCCUCCUCUGCUACUGUCUCUGCUGCUGUGCCUCAAGGAGCCAGGCUAAAACAAGGAAAAGAUCAGAAUAAGGCUCGUCGUUCCCGUUCAGCCUCUAGCCCCAGCCCUCGCAGAAGCAGCCGAGAAAAAGAGCAAAGCAAAACUGGUGGUUCUUCUAAAUUUGAGUGGGCUGCCCGUUUUAGCCCUAAAGUCACCCUACCGAAAGCAAAACUGUCACUCCCAGGGUCUUCCAAAUCGGAGACAUCAAAACCAGGCCCUUCAGGCCUACAAGCAAAGUUAGCUAGCUUGAGAAGGUCUACUAAGAAACGCAGUGAAUCACCACCAGCAGAGCUCCCCAGUUUGAGGCGGAGCACACGUCAAAAGACCACGGGAUCCUGUGCUAGUACCAGUCGGCGAGGCUCUGGCCUGGGCAAAAGAGGAGCAUCUGAGGCUCGCCGACAGGAGAAGAUGGCAGAUCCUGACAACAACCAGGAUGGAGCAAAUUCUUCUACACGGACAGAUGAUGUACCUCAAGGAGCAUCAGCUUCUAGUUCUGUUGCUGGAGCUGUUGGAAUGCCAACUUCUGGAGAGAGCGAGUCAGACGAUUCUGAAAUGGGCCGACUACAAGCUUUAUUAGAGGCACGUGGCCUUCCACCUCACCUUUUUGGCCCCCUUGGUCCACGAAUGUCCCAGCUUUUUCAUAGAACAAUUGGAAGUGGAGCAAGUUCAAAGGCGCAGCAGCUCCUACAGGGUCUGCAGGCUACUGGAGAUGAAAGUCAGCAACUUCAAGCAGUCAUCGAGAUGUGCCAGUUAUUGGUAAUGGGAAAUGAAGAAACCUUGGGAGGAUUUCCAGUGAAGAGUGUUGUUCCUGCAUUGAUAACUUUGUUACAGAUGGAGCACAACUUUGACAUUAUGAACCAUGCUUGCAGAGCUUUGACGUAUAUGAUGGAAGCUUUACCUAGGUCAUCGGCUGUGGUUGUUGAUGCCAUUCCAGUCUUCCUGGAAAAGCUACAAGUUAUUCAGUGCAUUGAUGUGGCUGAACAGGCUUUGACUGCUCUAGAAAUGUUAUCACGCAGACAUAGCAAAGCCAUUUUACAAGCUGGAGGAUUGGCUGACUGCUUGUUGUACCUGGAGUUCUUCAGCAUCAAUGCCCAACGAAAUGCCCUGGCAAUAGCAGCAAAUUGCUGCCAAAGUAUUACACCUGAUGAAUUUCACUUUGUUGCUGAUUCAUUACCCUUGUUAACCCAGAGGCUGACCCAUCAGGACAAGAAAUCUGUCGAAAGUACUUGCCUGUGUUUUGCUCGACUGGUGGACAACUUUCAACAUGAAGAAAACUUGUUGCAGCAGGUGGCAUCUCGUGAUUUGUUGACGAACAUACAGCAGCUCCUGGUGGUGACCCCCCCAGUUCUCAGCUCUGGCAUGUUUAUCAUGGUGGUCCGCAUGUUCUCAUUGAUGUGUUCGAACUGUCCUACUCUGGCUGUGCAGCUUAUGAAGCAAAACAUUGCAGAAACUCUUCGUUUUUUACUUUGCGGAGCUUCAAGUGGCAGCUGCCAAGAACAAAUUGAUCUUGUGCCAAGAAGUCCACAAGAACUUUAUGAGCUUACUUCUCUUAUCUGUGAAUUAAUGCCAUGUCUACCCAAAGAAGGAAUUUUUGCUGUUGAUACCAUGCUAAAGAAGGGAAGUGCUCAAAAUACAGAUGGUGCAAUAUGGCAGUGGCGUGAUGAUCGAGGUCUCUGGCAUCCAUACAACCGAAUCGAUAGUCGCAUAAUUGAGGCAGCCCAUCAAGUGGGUGAGGAUGAAAUAAGCUUGUCAACAUUGGGUCGAGUUUAUACUAUUGACUUUAACUCUAUGCAGCAGAUCAAUGAGGACACUGGGACAGCCCGUGCUAUUCAGAGAAAACCCAAUCCGUUGGCCAACACGAACACUGGUGGUCACUCUGAAACGAGGAAGGAUGAUGCACGUGCUCAACUAAUGAGGGAGGACCCAGACCUGGCUAAAUGCUUUAUAAAGACAUUGUUUGGUGUGUUAUAUGAAGUGUAUAGUUCAUCAGCUGGACCUGCUGUCAGACACAAGUGCCUUAGAGCAAUUCUUAGAAUAAUUUAUUUUGCUGAUGCUGAACUUCUAAAGGAUGUGCUUAAAAAUCAUGCUGUUUCCAGCCAUAUUGCUUCCAUGCUAUCAAGUCAAGAUUUCAAGAUCGUUGUAGGAGCACUACAGAUGGCAGAAAUUUUAAUGCAGAAGUUACCAGAUAUAUUUAGUGUUUACUUUAGAAGAGAAGGUGUGAUGCAUCAGGUGAAAAAUUUAGCAGAGUCUGAGACUCUACUUACCAGCCCUCCAAAGGCAUGUAGUAGUGGAAUAGGAAGUCUGGGCACCGCUGCCACAAUUAGCACAGCCAACGUUGCAAGCAAUACAGUUGCAGAUCUCGGAUCCCCCAGUUUCCAAAGUAUGGAUGAUUCUUUGGAUUUAAGUCCACAAGGACGAUUAAGUGAUGUCUUAAAGAGAAAAAGAUUGCCAAAACGUGUAACGAGGAGGACAAAAUAUUCACCUCCGAGAGAUGAUGACAAAGUCGACAAUCAAGCAAAGAGUCCUACAGCCACCCAGUCUCCCAAAUCUUCCUUUCUUGCAAGCUUGAAUCCUAAAACAUGGGGAAGGCUAAGCACACAGUCCAAUAGCAACAAUGCAGAACCAGCACGUACUGCCGGAGUUAGUGGCAUUGCACGGGUCACCCCAAAGGACACCAUGUCCAACAACAGAGAGAAGAUUAAAGUGUGGAUAAAGGAGCAAGCCCAUAAAUUUGUUGAUCGUUACUUCACCUCAGAGAAUGUGGAUGCAAGCAAUCCAGCACUGAAUGUACUUCAGAGACUUUGCUCUGCCACUGAACAACUCAAUUUGCAGGUGGAUGGUGGGAUUGAGUGCCUUUUAGAUAUCCGCUCAAUAGUCUCUGAGUCUGAUGUGUCGUCCUUCGAAAUCCAGCACAGUGGUUUUGUAAAACAGUUGCUGCUGUAUUUGACUUCAAGAAGUGAUAAAGACCUUGUGAACCGACAUGUCAGGUUGAGGAGGUUCCUUCACGUUUUCUAUGGUUGUCCGCCUCCAGGAGAGGAACCUCUUGGUCGACUAGAACCUCUAGGCAAUGGGCCUUUGCUUGCACUGGUGCACAAAAUGAACAACUGUCUGAGCCAGAUGGAGCAAUUUCCAGUGAAGGUGCAUGAUUUUCCAAGUGGGAAUGGAACAGGAAGCAGAGGAUCACAGGCCCUAAAAUUCUUCAAUACACACCAGUUAAAAUGCCAGUUACAGAGGCAUCCAGACAGUACCAAUGUCAAGCAAUGGAAGGGUGGCCCUGUGAAGAUCGAUCCAUUGGCUUUAGUACAGGCUAUUGAGCGCUAUCUUGUCGUCAGAGGUGGUGGCUGCUUUAUUUCUGUGUUAAGCAGGUAUGGAAGAAUCCGUGAGGAAGAUGAAGAUAGCGAUGAUGAUGGCUCAGAUGAUGAAAUUGAUGAGUCAUUGGCUGCCCAAUUCUUGAAUUCAGGGAGUGUAAGGCACAGACUACAGUUUUACAUAGGAGAUCACUUGCUGCCUUACAACAUGACUGUUUACCAAGCUGUCAGGCAGUUCAGUGUGCAAGCUGAUGAAGAAAGAGAGUCCACAGAUGAUGAAAGUAACCCGUUAGGAAGGGCAGGAAUAUGGACUAAGACACAUACAAUAUGGUACAAGCCUGUUAAAGAAGAGGAGGAAGGGAGUAAGGAUACAGUUGGUGGAAAGAGAGGACGAGCUCAGACCGCACCCACAAAAACCUCCCCAAGAAAUGCAAGGAAACAUGAUGAACUGUGGCAUGAUGGUGUGUGCCCUCCAGUGGGAAAUCCUUUGGAAACAUAUCUUCUUUCAAUUCCUCCAGAUGGUAUAACAUUUGAGGACCCAUCACUAGAUGUGAUUCUGCUUUUGAGAGUGCUUCAUGCCAUCAGUAGAUACUGGUAUUAUCUAUAUAAUAAUGCAGUGUGUAAAGAGAUUAUUCCAACAAAUGAAUUAAUCAACAGCAAACUGACUGCAAAGGCUAACCGCCAACUUCAAGACCCCCUGGUUAUUAUGACAGGAAAUAUACCAAUUUGGUUGACUGAGUUGGGAAGGACCUGCCCAUUUUUUUUCCCAUUUGACACACGGCAAAUGCUGUUCUACGUGACUGCAUUUGAUCGAGAUCGAGCCAUGCAAAGGUUAUUAGAUACGAACCCAGAAAUCAACCAGUCUGAUUCGCAAGAUAGCAGAGUUGCUCCCCGUUUGGAUAGGAAAAAGCGUACUGUGAACAGGGAAGAGCUGUUGAAGCAAGCAGAAUCUGUGAUGCAGGAUUUGGGAAGCUCGAGAGCAAUGCUGGAGAUUCAGUAUGAAAACGAAGUUGGGACAGGCCUGGGUCCAACAUUGGAAUUCUAUGCACUUGUAUCUCAGGAACUGCAGAGAGCUGACCUGGGUCUAUGGCGGGGAGAUGAAGUCACGCUCUCCCAUCCUAAAGGCAGCCAAGAAGGGACCCGAUACAUCCAUAAUCCACGUGGCCUCUUCCCUGUUCCAUUUGGAAGAAAUACAAAACCAGCACAUGUGGCUAAAGUGAAAAUGAAGUUGCGAUUUCUGGGCAAGUUCUUGGCCAAAGCGAUCAUGGACUUCCGAUUGUUGGAUUUGCCUCUUAGCCUAUCGUUUUACAAAUGGAUGCUACGGCAAGAAAUUUCCCUCUGCUCCCAUGACCUUUUCAACAUUGAUCCAGUAGUAGCAAAAUCAAUUUGUCAUCUUGAGGACAUCAUAAAACAAAAGAAGAAAUUGGAGCAAGACAGAUCGCAGAGCAAAGAAUGUCUUCAACAGGCUCUGGAAAGCCUCAAUAUGAAUGGCUGCUCUGUGGAAGAUCUUGGACUGGACUUCACAUUACCCGGGUAUGCCAGUGUUGAACUGAAAAAAGGAGGCAAGGACACGGUUGUCACCAUACACAAUUUGGAAGAGUAUCUCAGGCUGGUAGUAUACUGGACCUUGAAUGAAGGUGUUUCCAAGCAGUUUGAAUCCUUUCGAGAUGGCUUUGAGUCAGUUUUUCCACUCCAUCACUUGCAGUAUUUUUACCCUGAGGAGUUGGAUCAGCUACUCUGUGGCUCCAAGUCGGAGGCAUGGGAUGUGAAGACUUUAAUGGAAUGUUGCAGGCCAGAUCACGGAUAUAAUCAUGACAGUCGUGCGGUGAAAUUUCUAUUUGAAAUACUCAGUAGUUUUGAUGGUGAGCAACAAAGACUAUUUCUUCAGUUUGUUACUGGAAGUCCCCGACUACCUGUUGGAGGGUUUCGGAGUUUAAACCCUCCACUUACCAUUGUCCGCAAGACUUUUGAGUCCACGGAAAACCCUGAUGAUUUCUUACCCUCCGUAAUGACCUGUGUUAAUUAUCUCAAGUUGCCAGAUUACUCCAGUAUCGACAUAAUGCGUGAAAAACUUUUAAUAGCUGCUAGAGAAGGGCAGCAGUCGUUCCAUCUCUCCUGAUCACAGCAUCUGAAUCCUCAAGCUGCCUGUUACAACAAAUGACAGAAUCAUGAUUUAUUUUCUAAGUGUAUCACUGCAUCAAGGCAAUGUGUACAGCGUACUUGUUGUAGAAAUGGCUUGGUAUGCUGCAAAUCUUCAACAAAAAGACUUGGAUGGUAUAUUUAUUAAAAUAGCCCCUACGGACUGAGAAAUUGAAAAAAGACCCCAAAGUUAAUGCAAGAUUUAAACAAAAAUAAAUUCUUAAAGAAGUUCUUGUUAAUUUAACAAUUAUUUGGGUGCAGUUUUUAAAUUGCUUUUUGCUGUGUGGUAUUCAAAAUCGAAAGAAAGGGAUGCUUUUCUUCCAGGAUGACGGAACAAUAAAAUGUCACUGUGCAGUUUGAUAUUGGUGUGUAUAUCCAUCUGAAGCCUAUAUUUCUGGUGUUUUUUUUGUUUCCAAAGAUUAAUAUGUACAAACAUACAGAAAUGACAGACUUAAACCUUGCAUAAAAUAAUUUAAGCUCUGGUUAGUGUCAUUUGCAUUUUUCUCUUGUUUAUCUUCACCCUCUCCUCCAUCUAGUUUGUCCAUUUAUGUUUAACCCAUCUGCACUUGUGUGAUGUAACAUAGGGUUCUGCUUUUUUGUGAUGUUUCUUAAUCCCAUGAUUCAACGAAGGGUUAAGCCAAGGGCUUGAAGAUUUUAAGCAUUUCUUAACCUCCAUUGGCCCAACAAUUGUAUCAUAGUCUAAAAUUUAUUCCUGUUUCCAAUAUUCAAAUUCUAGUAUUUGCCAGUAGUUUUGCAAAAUAAUAGGACUGUUGGCAGAAGCCUUUAAUCUCUCACUAGAUUUGUUUACGGAAUGAUUUCAGACAACAAUUAAUAAUACUGAGAAAUCCCUUUUCCUUUUUUCCUUUUUUAAAUUCUGUAGUUUAAACCAAUAUCGGGCUGGUUAGUCUGUUAUUCAAGGGACAGGUAGCAUUUCCAGUUGGUGUAAAACUUUGAGAAAAGUUCCACUUGCUGUUACAGUGGGACAGUUGCUUUAUCUUGUUUAAUUUACCUUGUUGUAGUUCACUUAAUUGUUUUUGCACUGCUAGCUUUGAACAAAGUAAUAGUUGAGCUCUCUUGGUUUGAUAAGGAUAGUGCACCUGUAAACACUGCUCUGUCCAACUGUUCAUGUGCUGAUUUCUGAAAUCUGCAAUAACUACUUCAUCAGGUUAAUGUUUUUACCUGAACAUAAAUAAAUAAAAUGUUUGACUCACUUUUUGUAUAAUUAUUUUGUAUUCAGCAACCAAACUUUUCUGAUUCAGGGAUAGUGCCAAAGUGUCUUUUUAACUGAAGUUGUGUUGGAGUUUGAGUAAAUAAAGGUGGAAAUAUUCAAUAUGGUUGUAAUGCUUGGAGCACUGUUGCAUUCAGUGGCCCUCUUGAUAUUAAAAGACAUCAAAUGUUUUUAAAAAAGGUAUAUCCUUCUAUGGUGUGAACAGUGGAUAUUUUAGGGGUCUAGCUGUGAGGACUUUAUCUAACAUGGAAAAGGAGUUAAAUUGGGUAAAUGGCUAAACAUUAAAGUACUAUAGUUUAAUUAUCACUUACUGGCCUUCAUACUCGUGUUGGCUGUAAUGCUUAGUCAGUUUAGCUUGAUUCUUAGAAAUUAUGGUUCAACUUGUUCCAAAAGUUUAUGGAUGUUUUAAGGGAAUCAUACAUGGGAAAAGUGAAUAAAAUUAGACUAAUUUUAAGAUAUUCAAUCCCUACCCUAGAAACAAAAAGUGGAUUUAAGUGCUCCUAUUCUCUGAGCAAACAUUUCACUUGUGCAGAUAUAUUCAUAGGCUCAGUGAGACCUGCUAUAUCUGGUGUCUCAUGCAGGGAAUCUAUGAUGUAAUGGCUGUCAGUCUGCAGCCUGUUCUUAACUACUAGUGGAAUAAAAGACUCUGGAUUAAAAGUUCCUGAUCCCCAUCCAGUUCAAUGCCAGUGGUCUUAUUUGAAUACCUGAGGGAAUGGCUCUCCUGGAUACUACUUGUAGAUUUGCACAAAUUGUUCUCGGGCAGUGGGAGGAAGAGCAAUAAUUUUUUUUUAAAUCAAAACUUUUAGUACUUUGAAAUGAUAGCCCAUCACACUUUAUCUCAUUAACCUUCAGCAUUUAGACUUAAUUAGAUAUAGUUGUAAUAAACUCUAAGUUCAAAUGGGCUUAAACUUGUACUAUUUAACCAAGGAACCCUUUUAAUACACUUGUUGCAGUUGUCAUCCAUUUUGUAAAAAUCACUGUUUUGUGCUUGCAAAAGUAUUGAAACAUGCUGCUGACUUCAGCCACUUAUAUAAUUUGUUGCUUCAUCCCUAUAAUUUGCCUGUUUUGCCUGCCUAUUUUGGUUCAUUGCGUGUUACUUUAUGAAACAUUAAAAAAAUUGAACUAG